CCUCAUUAGCGUCCUUCUGUAUGGCAGAUGUCAAUACGAGUGAGGAGGCCGGUGAAGAGGAAGUAGAAGAUAGUGCCAAUGAAACCAACGUGGUUGAAAGUGACGAUGAUGGUGAUGAUGAAGACUGGGGUGUCGAGCCUGCUGUAUGCCUCUUAUGCGACGCAGCGUCGGAAAACUGUCUGGGCCACAUGAUUGAUGCCCACGGGUUUGACUUUCGUGCCGCGGUGCGAUCUCACGAGGGCGUGCAGGACGUGUAUGAUGUCAUUCGAAUUGUCAACGUCAUUCGGAAGUGUGUUGCGCGGGGCCUCUGCCCUUUCACUUACGGCGACGAAUUAGCGGAGGCGGAGGCGUGCCGUUGUGACGUUGCCACAUCAUCGCUGGAGGAGCAUCUGAGGAAUCACCCGCUCCACAACCUUCCUCGCGUGGUCCCGUCCAGUGAUCGCGAGCUUAUUCCGGUGCUGUGCGCCGAUGCAUUCAUCUCGUCUGUGGUGGUGGGAGGUGACCUCCUGGCGAGGGGGGAAGAAGACCCCGAAUACCCCAUGGUGCCAACCAAUGCGGAGAUGGCAAAGAAGCAGGCGGCACGCAGGCAAUCAGAGGGAAAUGCGUAG